AUGCCCAAUGCCAACGUCGCUGUUGGGUUUUGCGUUACCAACCUCAAAGUGGAUUCAAAGAUCGCUAUGCGGCAUCAUCAAGAGCAAAAGUCACCCAGGGUGGUCGUUACCAAUGUUCAACUCGGCAAGGUAAUCGGCCGUUACGACGUCGACGGGGCCUUCUCAAAAGAGGCGGGACAGCGCAAGUGGCCCAUUGCCUGUGCACCCACGAAAGUCGGCGACGAUAGCGGGACGAUCUGGACAUGGACAGAGGGUAUUUUGGGGCUGUGGUCUGUGGCCUGUGGAUUAACCUCAACUCGACGACAACAUCACCAGGAAAAACAUUACUUCAACCUCGCCAUUAGCACCGUCCCAUAUCCGAUCCGACCAGAAGCCGAUCGCAUAUUCCGCAACACUCUCAUCCAGGACCAACGCCUGGGACUGCCGCAAAGGUACAACCAGUGGCUCGUCUCGCUGGGCCAGCUGCCGCCCGACGUGCAGAGGGCGCUGCACGAGCUGCAUCCCGGGUUUGCGCCGCGGCACUAUGAUGACAUGCUCGGCUGGAUCGCUAAGCUGAUGCAGAGCCUGCCGGUCCAGGUUCCGGGCCUCUUUGCCAGGCCAGCGUACUUUGGGCACGUCAAUAGCGACUUUGAUGCCCCGGACGGCGAGCUGGAGGAUCUGACGUAUCUUUUACCUACGGUCAAACAUGACGUGAAGCCGCUGGGGUAUGAUGUCAGGAGUUGCUUUAUGGGCAAGUAUGACCCCGAAUGGUCUGUUUGA